CACCACAAAGUUUCUUAUAAAAACACCGACCCUUUUCUUCAAGGCACAGCCUCUAAAUCAUGACUUGACAAUGACUUGUUGAUUGGUUAUAAUUAUUAAACCACCUAAUACUGCCAUAUGAUCGAUCUCCUUCCUUUUUUCUUUAGAGAUGAAAAGGAGAUUCCUUCCAUGUCCCAUACUUUUCUCUCUUUCAAAUAUUCCCUCCCUCAUUUACUAAUAAAUGCCACCUAUCGAUUCUUUUUUCAUACCCUCGACUCUCGAGACUUCUUGCCGGUCUAUUUUCUUCGUCAUUCUCCAAUGAUUCCAGAAUUAGAGAAGCCUAAAGUCACCGAGAUACAAGUCCGAAUGGACUGUAAUGGGUGUGUGCAGAAGAUCAAGAAAGCAUUGCAUGGCAUCAAUGGUAUAUAUGAUCUCUACAUUGAUUUCCCCCAGCAGAAGUUGACAAUAAUUGGAUGGGCAGAUCCAGAGAAAAUAGUGAAGGCCAUUAGAAAAACUAGAAAGAUAGCUACUAUAUGUUCUCACACCGAGCCACCAGAGCCAGCACCUGAAGGAGGUGCACCACCACCAGCUGCUGAAGAAGCUAACCCUACCCCAGCAGAAACCCCACAAGCUGAAGCAGCACCACCUGCAGAGCCACCAAAAGACCCACCACAACCCGAAAAUCCACCGCCCGAGGAAAAACCGACACCAUCAUCUGUAGCGGCGGAGACCAACGCAAACCAGCCUCCACAAAAUCCCCAUCCUAAAGACGUAGGCGAGGUUCAUCUAAUAUACCAUCACCCACCUGAUUACGGUUACAGAUACGGAUAUGGUCAUAGUCAUGUCGGUCAAUGGAACAGAUACCCUAAUGGCCAAGGACUUCCGCCGGAGCCAUCACAGCCAAUUUAUGUGACUCAUAGCUACAACACAUACAGACCAUCACCAUAUGUCACUGAAUACGAGCAUAUCCGGUCUCCACCACGGUAUACAGCUCAUAAUCGGAUGAGCCAUUACAGUGACAAUUAUCAUGAAAAUUCUAGUAAUGGAAGCAUCACAUCCAUCUUCAGCGAUGAAAAUCCAAAUGCAUGUAGCAUAGUAUGAAAGGCCAAAAGGUGAUGUGUAACAGAAGAGAGCUUGUGGAGACUAAAAUAAUAGAAUCUGGUGGCAGUAAUAUUUCCUAUUAAGCAUGUGAAAAUAUGUUUCAGGGGAGAAUGAGAUUCUAAGCUUGUUAGUGCCGGAGGAAUUGAUUCUGCGUUCCACUUCUAAGCAAGCCGAUAACACAAACCGCCUUCUAUUCAAUCCUAUAAAAGAAUUACUUGUAUUCUACAACUAUGUAUCUCAGCCUUCCAUUUUUGAAAUUAUCACUCCUGCUGUAACAUGCAUUAUCUAUAGAACUUGUUCCAAGUAGGGACGUUAAAAGGCUGAAAAAUGUUUUCCUGGAAAGCCUUCCUAA